AUGGUACCAUUGGCAUAUUAUGAUCAACACUUUGUGCCAUUAGAACACUCUUACCAACUGACCACAACCAAUUCAUUAACACAUCAAUACGCAGGUGAAAAACUAAAUCAAUCCAAUAACAAGCCUGUGGUCAGAGUGCAGUCCCAUAGUAAUCACCUUGCAGCACCUCUAGUUAGCUCUAAGCAGAUGGUGCAGAGCUGCUCAGUAUUGUCCUCUGCCAGGUCUCAGGACACAAUUUCACAGGGCUUCUAUAACAAGGUUCUGAAAGCACCAGUAUCCCAGUCCAAACGUCAGGCCACACCUUUACUAGACCUCCACCAGAGAACUUCACUGUGGCCUAAACUGAGAGCCCUGAGCUCACCUGUGAUACACCAUAAACCUCAGACAACAUUUUCCCUUGACCUUAAUAAGACAUCUUCAUUGCUGGGGUCCAGCCAAACAAAUUUGAGCUCACAAUUACCCCUCCCCAAACCUCAGACUACAUCUUCACCAGAUUUUUGCUGGACAUCACCUUCACAGAAGUCUAAUCAAAGAGUCUCAGGUUCAUCAUUAUUCCCCUCCGAACAUCAAGAAACACCUCCCCUAGACAGCCUCUGGGCAUCAUCUUCUUUGGGAUCUAAUCAAAGAGUGCUUAGCUCAACAUUACCACAAUCCAAGCCUCGGAAAGCAUCAUCAUUGGGAAGCCUUUGGACAUCUUUAUUGGAGCACAGUCAAAGAUCUUUGAGCUCACCAUCACUCAACUCCACACCUCAAAUAAAUGACUUACUUCAGUCAUCAUGUUCAUUGGAAUCCAAUCAAAUGGCUCUGAGCUCACCGUUACCGGACUCUAGACCUCAGACACCACCUGCACUGAAUUGUAGUUCCUGUGUUCUGAGCUUACCAUUGUCCCACUCAAAACCAAGGAAAUCACCUUUGGCACAUUCUGUCCGCCAGACUCAGAGUUUGCCAUUGUUCUCACCCAAAUCUCAGACGGUGCUUACAUUUAAUCAAGACUUCAGGACCCUGAGCUCACCAGUUUGUCACUCCAAGUUUCAGAACACCUCUUCACCAAAUGACAAACAGAAAGCCACAGGUUUAUCUUCACCCCAUUCUAAGUCAAAUGUCUCAGGUCCAUCAUUAUCAAGCUCCAAACAAUUUAUCAGAAAUAUAGCUGCUUCAACAUUGGGCUCCAGAUUCCAGAGUAAAAGCAGCUUUGAUCUUUGUGCAAAGACAGAAUCAAAUAAAGAAAUUCCAUGGAGUUUAAAUUAUAUUUAUCCCUGCAUUGUUAAAGGUGGAACUGUCCCUGAUGAUGUCCUAAAUAAAAUUGUCAAUUCUCUCUCCAAGACCAGAAUCCAGAAGGAUCUCUGUAGGCAGAUUCUCUUUCGAAGGAUGAGGGGAAGGCCAAAUCCUUAUCCUGGUCCCCGCCUUUCAUCAAAUUAUGUGGUUUGUUUAGCUUGUGCUUCCUGCAUAAAAUCUCAGUGUAACCAUCUCACAGGAAGGAAAGAUCCUCGCAGUGCAACACUGUUUGUCAUACCAACACCUGAACUUGGUUCUGAGGGAGAAAUGGAAGUGAAAUUAGUUUUUCUCCUUUCCCUACCAGAGACUUCUCUCUCAUCUUGUUUCCCAUCCCCUGUGAAAGAAAAUCAGCCUGAUGAAGCCCCUGAAGACAACCUUGAAGGAACGGAGAAGAUACAAAUUAUCUCUCCAUCUGAACCUGAAAUCACACAAGAGCUAGAUAACAAAUGGCCGACAGUAGCCCCUGAAAACAAAGUUGUAAGCCAACAACCCCAGGCUAUUGACUGGCUGCUUUAUGUUAAGAAAAGUGGUCAUUUUCAGCCACAGUCCCUGCCUCAGUCCUCUUCCUCCUCAACGUCCUCCUCCUCCUCCUCAACGUCCUCCUCCUCCUCCUCAACGUCCUCCUCCUCCUCCUCUUCAUCAUCUUCUUCCUCCUUUUCUUCUUCCACUCCACCUUCCUUACCCCCUCCUUCCAAAGAAUCUACCACAUCUACUCUCUCAGGUUGUGUAUUCACUAAGGUACUUAGUUACCACCGGUUGCCUCCAGGAGUCUCCUGGCUUGAGUUUAUAUGUAGUAAAAAUCACCAGCUACUUCCUGGAAAACCACAACAGAGUCAAUCACGACCUCCCAAAACAAGGCCUAUGAGGAAUAGCACCACAGUAAAAGGGCCAAAGGGACCAAAGAUACUAUUCAAAUUUUUCCAGACAGUUUCAAAAUGA